UACAGCGUGUUUGUAGCAGCGCGGUUUGUGUGAAUGAAUGAGACUUUAUAUUUAUGAUUUUUAUUUUUAAGUUAUUUGCUGCAGCUACACAAGAGAAGGUUUUGAAGUGUAAUUUAAUAAACUAAAGAAAGUAAUCCACCUUCUGCAGGAAGAUGGCUGGGAUUCUGUUUGAGGAUAUCUUUGAUGUGAAGGAUAUUGAUCCUGAUGGUAAAAAGUUUGAUCGAGUGUCUCGGCUUCACUGUGAGAGUGAAUCCUUUAAAAUGGACCUGAUCCUGGAUGUGAACACUCAGGUUUAUCCUGUAGACCUCGGUGAUAAGUUCAGACUGGUGAUCGCCAGCACGCUGUAUGAAGACGGAACUCCUGAUGAUGGAGAGUAUAACCCCACCGACGACAGACCGUCCAGGGCGGAUCAGUUUGAUUAUGUGAUGUACGGUAAAGUGUAUAAAAUUGAGGGAGACGAGACGUCGACAGAAGCUGCGACCAGACUUUCUGCGUACGUAUCGUACGGCGGGCUGCUGAUGCGACUGCAGGGCGAUGCCAACAACCUGCACGGCUUCGAGGUGGACUCCAGGGUGUACCUGCUCAUGAAGAAACUGGCUUUCUGAUGGUGUAGAGCGCCCGCCGGUGGAGGAGCGAGGAGGUGCGGCUCUCAGACCUCCGGCUGAAACUUUGCUUCUUUAAAGUGGAAUUAAAACUUUAGAGAAGCGAAAAAUGUAAAUAAAAGUUUUUUUUAUGAAAUUAAAA